CUUGAAUGUGUCUGAACAUUGAUAAUACUUCGGCGCGUGACGACACAAUGCGAUUGCAGGAGAGUAUAAAAGAUCGGAGGCGUCCCAAAAUUUCAUUCACAUUAGCAAGACUAAUCGAAGCAUCAGCACCAUGAAGUUCUUGAUCCUUUUCGUUGCCCUCUUCGCCAUGGCCGCUGCCCUGCCUCAGUGGGGUGACCAGCAGCAGCAGCAGCAGCAGGGAGGAUUCGGAGGUGGAUUCGGAGGUGGUUUUGGCGACCAGCAGCAGCAGCAGCAGCAGGGAGGAUUCGGAGGUGGAUUCGGAGGUGGUUUUGGCGACCAGCAGCAGCAGCAGCAGCAGGGAGGAUUCGGAGGUGGAUUCGGAGGUGGAUUCGGCGACCAGCAGCAGCAGCAGCAGCAGGGAGGUGGCUUCGGCUGGUAAAGACCAACUGAGAUCCCUAGCAACCCAUUAACGCAACCCAAUAAA